CUGUGAAAUGUGAAGAUCACAUUCAAAUUCAGAAUAAAUCCUGAUAUGAUUAAGAGCAAUAGUAGCGUGGAGCUUUGUUAAAGUGCAUCUGCAGUUGAGUGCCCUACAGUCCAGUGCACUUGAGGUUCACCCUACUUUCUGAUCACGUAUUACUGGGCUUUAUUUUUUGUCUACGUUUUGAAACGGCGCUCAAAGCCUUGGACUUUAAACCGAAACUAAAAGCAACGGCUUUAUUUAACAAGAGAAUAAAAUUGUUGAAAGUCAGAUGGACAGUGGCAGAAUAAAGACUAUAUGAUGGAAGGCUCCUUCUGGACCAGCUACCCAACCCUCAUACUCUACUUCCUAUCUCUUCUUGCGGUACCUUGUUGCCAUGGCAGCAAGAUCCUGGUGUUCCCGGUGGACGGCAGCCAUUGGGUGAACAUGAACAUCCUCGUUCAGGAGCUGCAUGGGCGGGGUCAUGACAUCACAGUGGUGCGUACCGAGACCAGCUGGUACAUCAAGGAGAAAUCUCCCCAUUACACUUCGGUCACUGUCACUCUACCUGAAGGCCUGACCAUGGAGAGUGAAGACUUCAUGGCCUCAUUCUUGAAGAAAAUGCUGGAGAUCCGACGUGGAAAGAUGUCUCUGCAGGCUUUCUUUGCCAAGAACACUGAUUUUUCUGGACACUCUAAAGUUCACAGAGAGAUGUGCCAGAUGGUGAGCACCAUGUUUGAGGAUCCACAGUUAAUGAAGCAGCUCCAGGAUGCCCACUUUGAUUUGGUUCUCACAGAUCCAGUGUUUGGUGGAGGGGUUUUGCUGGCUCGCUACCUGAACCUACCGAUGGUCUUCAAUGUCCGUUGGGUUCCAAGCUGGGAAGCUCACUUUACCUUUGCUCCUUCUCCUAUCUCCUACAUCCCGGUUAUAGGAUCUGAGGUCUCUGACCAAAUGAAUUUUAUUGAAAGGGCCCAAAACAUGGUUUAUUAUUUUGUUAGACUCUAUAUAGAAAAAAUUGUGAUACACCCCCAUUAUGAUGCUCUGUGUGCUCGCUACUUUGGUCCAGGUGUGGACCUCUACAGUCUCCUUCACUCUGCAGAACUCUGGCUUAUGAGGGUCAACUUCGUCUUUGAAUUCCCACGCCCCACCAUGCCAAACGUUGUCUACAUAGGCGGCUUCCAAUGCAAACCUGCCAAGCCCCUGCCACAAGACCUGGAGGAGUUUAUGGAGAGCUCUGGAGAGCACGGAGUCAUUGUCAUGUCAUUGGGGACUCUAGUAAAAGGUCUUCCAAGUGAGCUAACUGAUAAGAUAGCCUACGCUUUCUCCCAGCUUCCUCAGAAAGUCAUCUGGAGGUAUUUGGGAGAAAGGCCUUCUAGCUUGGGCAACAACACACUCCUGGUCAAAUGGUUGCCCCAGAAUGACCUCCUGGGUCACCCGAAGACCAGAGCCUUUGUGGCACAUGGGGGCACAAAUGGGAUUUAUGAGGCCAUUUACCAUGGGGUACCAAUAGUAGGGAUACCACUGCUCUUUGAUCAGUUUGACAAUCUGCUCAGGCUGCAGGUGCGAGGGGCAGCUAAGGUCCUGGAAAUUACCACCAUGGGCAGUCAGGACUUCCUAGAGGCCCUACAGGAGGUGCUUGAGGAACCGUCCUACCAGAUGAACAUGAAGAGGCUCUCCAGGCUCCAGCACGACCAGCCAGUCAAACCAAUGGACAGCGCCCUCUUCUGGAUCGAGUAUGUCAUUAGAAACAAAGGAGCCUCUCACCUGCGCACAGAGUCCUACAGGAUGCCCUGGUACUCCUACUAUUGUGUGGAUGUUGUAGCAGUCUUGCUGGCUGCUGUGUUAUUGUUCUGUGUGACUAUCAUCGGCUUACUCAGACUCUGCUGCAAGGCUUGCAAGAAGAAAACUAAACAUGAUUAAAAUAAUUUAACUUAGUUCCAACAAAAGCAAAAUCCCUGGCGCCAACAAGUUUGAUUUAGUUUUACACGAGAGCCCACAGUUCAUGAAUUAUAGUCACAACAAAGGAAACCACCACGAGUACCAGCGAUGGUGAACAUGGUCAUGAGGUAGGGGAAAAAUAAAGAGUUCAAACAGAAAGAAAGUGAAGCGAGCUCGUGGUCGACCCACGCUGCUGCAGUGAGCGUUCUCCUCGUUGCCUUCCUCUCCUCCCUUCCCGAGGGUAAUAAAAGACAGCAACCUGAUGCACUCACAGCUAGAAGUGGAGUCCAGUAAUUAGUAAAACUGCCAGGGCGAGUAAUCCACAGAGUCAGUGUCCUGGAACAGUCAGCAAAGAAGAUACAAACAAGCAAACCCGCUGAUAUAAACACAGCAUGUCUACCAGAGUUUUUCAGCUCCGGGCAGGGAGACAGAAGGAUGAAACUGGGCAGCAGUGUGAAGUAGUGUUUAAGGCUCUGGACUGUUAACCAGAGGGUUGUGUAUUCAAUCCCAGGUGGGGGACAGACUGCUGGUGAAGUCACUAUAAAUUGCCCUCUGUGUGUGUGUGUGGGGAAAAAAGGGAAGUGAAGAUACUGACUAAGUGUAAGACGGAUGUAAUUGUUCGCAAGCAACCUUGUUUGUAACAUGAUAUAAAAAGCUGUGUAAAAAUGGAACUGGCAGAGAAAUUCUUGCAGAUUUCUCUCCAGCGCUGUUUGGCUUUGCUCUUGCAUAUUACAAUAAAGCAAUUUUUGGUUUUGAAACCA